CGUCGUAUCUUUUUACGAAAUGGAUUUGUUUCAUUUGUGUUCAAAACUGACUUUUUGUCUCUUGAUGUGGAAGUGUGUUUUUUGUCAGACACUUUAUAAUAGUGACAAAGAAAUGUAUGAAGACUUUAAUAUGGACAACAAAAUAGAUGCUCUCCAGGUAGCUUUGAAAGAAGGUGAGAAACGCUUGCAAGAAACUACCCAACUUUUACACGAAUCCAAAAAUGCCUACGACGAUUUACUGAAAAUGUACAGUUUAAGGACAGUUCCAAAUGAUAACACAAUAGAUGAUAUCUGUCGUCGACAUCCACGUUUGGUCAUAGAGAGCUCCACAGAUUGUCACAAGUAUUAUAACUGUUCUGAAGUUGAUCCUGAAUUGGGCGGCGGAAUAGGCCAAAUGUUCAAUUCCUGGACUGCUAGAAAUCUGCAUGAGUGUCACUAUCCGUUUUUGUUUUCCAAUGAAACACUUCGUUGUGAAAAUUACACAGACGUAGUUUGUGGAACGCGUUAUGAGCCAAAAUGGGCUUGUAACUACUACAGACUGAAGUGUAAAAAAUCACACUGCAUACCUUGUGAGAGAUUCUAUCCUAAGUGUGAAGAUAUAGACGACGGACUAUGGCCACGAGAAUAUUAUGGGCCUAUAUACAAGAUUUGUCAGAACGGAAGAACCAUCGAAAUAGGUACUUGCCCACGAGAUGAGACAUGGGGUGUUCUGUCCUUCCCCUACAAUGGUAAAUGUGAACACAUGUUUGCUAUACCCAAAGAUUACAGAGGUCAGGGCUAUCUUCCUUCUUGUAACGGAACAGCAGACGGAAAUUUUCAGUAUCCUGAGCGACCCUGUGACGCUUACUACAGAUGUGAUGGUGGAAUUGCUUCCGCUGUGAAAUGUCCCCAGAAUACGGUUUUUGAUAUAUUCAGCAAGACAUGUAAAGUUGGAGGUACAUGUAAAUAGAGAUGAAUUUUAUGUUUAUUGUACAAAAAUUAUUUGUUUAGAAGGUAUAUAUUCUAAAGUCAGAUGUCAGCAUUAUUAAUUAUUAUUAUCAGCAAAAUGUAUUAACAUUUACUAGUACUUCUCAAAAUUUUCGUGAUACAGGCUUACGUGUGUGUAUUUUGAAUGAAUCUCAGACUAUUCUUGGAGAUUUUAUUUUAGUCCGUACGAAAAUCUUUUUUGAAUGCAGAUUCUGCAAGCGAUGGUUCGAACGAUUUGUUGUUAUUUUGUAACUUAUGAAAUUAUGAAAGAAAAAAAGUACGUUAUGUAGCAUAUUUUUUUUCUAUAAAUCAUUUCCAUUGUACUUAAAGAUGAAAAAUUUUUGGACAGUCAUUUGUCAAGAAACGCACGUAUUCUCUAGUUCGAGUUUGUUUGUUUUUUUAAUUCUGAAAAGUAAUGUCUCGUUAAUUUGUCUGACUCAGCAAACGACAUAGUGUUAAAUUAAUAAAGAACUAAUUUGCUGGAAAAAAAUGCAAAACGACAACGUGGAAAUAAACGAAACUUGGUCAAGGAAUGAUUGUUAUAGUAUUCAUUGUCCCCCGCGUUCAAGCAAGCGAGGGGACAUUAAAUCUCAUUCGUCUUUCCGUCUGCCAAUUUGUAAGUCUGCCAGUCUAUAGUUCUGUCCGUCGGAUCACCUUCACAAAACUUUAACAUUUGACAUAUCUUUUGAAUGAGGAGAGAUACGGCUUCAUAUUACACAGGUAUUUUACCUGUGACAAAAAAAGACCUUUCUAAUGACACAAUGAUUUUGACCUUGAAGUUUGACCUACUUUAAAAAAGAUUACAUAUUACGUAAAAUUGGUCAUAACUUUUGAUUGA